CACUUCCUCACACACACAAAAAAAACCCAUUGUGGGCGCUCCUCGUUAUUUCUCAAAGUUUGUAUGACAGAGACAAAAAGUCAUCACUGUAUUUGCGUUUCAUGACGAUUGAGCUCAGUGAGAACGUGUGGCUUGCAUGAGUCCAUUUCCUGUGACAGCGGUGAAGAACAAGUCAGUGGCUUGAACCACAGCGCUGCAGCGGGUGGGUCGCGGAGGGAUCUUCAACAAAACUGGAGAUAAAAGAUCCGGUAAACCACGAAGCACACGGGUAUCUCCCUCUCGUGCAGCUGCCACCCUGAGCAGAAACCGCUGCCAAGCAGAGAGCGCGCUGAACCGGGAGCGCAGUUGCACUUGACCAAAUCAAUUCUAGUAAUUCAUGAAAUAAUUAUACAUUUACGUCGCGACCCAUACUUUAAGAAACGCUGCGUUACAUUGUUGUUGUAACAUUGUAAUGGAAACGGUUGCAUUGUUUCAAUGUAAUUCUAAAGAUAAUGAUGCCAACUGCCUACACUCAUAGGGUAAAGUUGAUAGUAGAUUUCUUAUUGUGUUUCAAAUCUUAAAACAUUAUUUUCACAAAAUAACAAUUACAUGUUGUAUUAAGAAAGAACAAUGAAAAAGACAAAGAGGGUCUUUUACAAAACAACAACAAUGUAGAAGUAGGAAUGAAUGUCUUGAGGCUAAUCACUUUUUCCUUGGCUAGUGGCAAUGUGGUCUAGGGUUUAAGGCUAGGUCUACAGUAUAUUAUCAACAUUGCCUUAUCAUAUAUCUCAUAUGAAAGUAUCGUAUUCUAAAGGUGGAUGUAAAUUCAACGUCUUGUGCGCCAUUUUGCGGUGGUCCUGUGAGGGUCAAGUGUUAGUACACCGCAAUAAUCCACCUUGAGUUAGAUUCCUGGGCUGCCAUUGGAUUAGUCCUGAGAACACAACAAUGGCUCGUUUUAAUUCACCAUAAUCCCAGUGAAUAUUGAAAGCACUUUCAUAUGACUCUGUGGAGAAGAGGCUAAUGCCGAAAGAAGAAACUCUCAGGAACGUAAUAAUAUAGGAGAUAAAAUAUUUACAAAUGUCUUCUUCCCCUACGACCUCUUGCGAUUGGAUGAUCCUGCAGGCUGAACAGAAAAAUAUCAAUGUUCGCGUCACCACCAUGGACGCUGAGCUGGAGUUUGCCGUCCUGCCCAGCACCACUGGCAAACAACUUUUCGACCAGAUAGUGAAGACCAUCGGGCUGAGAGAGACCUGGUUCUUUGGCCUACAGUACCAGGACAGCAAAGGCUUCUCUACCUGGCUCAAACUCAACAAGAGGGUGACAGCUCAGGAUGUACGCAGGGAGAACCCUCUGUUGAUAAAGUUCCGGGCCAAGUUCUACCCUGAAGACGUAGCUGAGGAACUGAUCCAAGAGGCCACGCAACGACUUUUCUUCCUGCAGGUGAAGGAAGGCAUCCUGAAUGAUGAUAUCUACUGUCCUCCUGAGACGGCUGUGCUGUUGGCCUCCUACUCUGUUCAGACCAAACAUGGAGACUACAAGAAGGACUACCACUUCCCUGGUUACCUCAGCAGGGACAAGCUGCUUCCCCAGAGGGUUCUGGAGCAGCACAAGCUGAACAAGGAGCAGUGGGAGAAUAGGAUAAAGGUGUGGCAUGAGGAGCACAAGGGAGUGCUGAGGGAGGAUGCCAUGGUGGAGUAUCUGAAGAUAGCUCAGGAUCUAGAGAUGUAUGGAGUCAACUACUUCAGCAUCAAGAACAAGAAGGGUUCAGAGCUGUGGCUGGGGGUAGACGCUCUGGGCCUCAACAUAUACCAGAACACUGACAGGAUGACCCCUAAGAUCGGCUUCCCAUGGAGUGAGAUCAGAAACAUUUCCUUCAACGACAAGAAGUUUGUUAUAAAACCCAUGGACAAGAAAGCCCCGGAUUUUGUGUUCUACGCCCCUCGUCUACGGAUCAACAAGCGUAUCCUGGCGCUGUGCAUGGGGAACCAUGACCUGUACAUGAGGAGGAGGAAGCCAGACACCAUCGAGGUCCAGCAGAUGAAAGCCCAGGCCCGUGAGGAGAAGACGAAGAGACAGAUGGAUAAAGCUCUGCUUGAGAGCGAGAAGAAGAAGAGAGAGAAUGCGGAGAAGGAGACAGAGAAGAUCGCCAGAGAAACCAUGGAGCUGAUAGGCAGACUUAAACAGAUUGAGGAAGAGACCAAGAAAGCUCAGGAAGAGCUGGAUAAGAGGACUCGCAGGGCCCUGGAGCUGGAGAAAGAGAGGACAUUUGCCCAGGAGGAGGCAGAGCGUCUGGAGAAGGAGCGCAGGGCAGCGGAAGAGACCAAGGCAGCCCUCCUACAGCAGUCAGAGAGCCAGAUGAAGAACCAGGAGAACCUGGCUACUGAUCUGACCUCUAAGAUCUCCCUUCUGGAGGACGUGAAGCAGAAGAAGGACGACGAUACAAAGACAUGGCAGAAAAGGGACUCUGUGCAGGGGGACCACGACGAGACCGACGAGAGCAGCGCCGAGGCCAGCGCCGAGCUGACAUCACCAGGCAUGGUCAGAGACCGCAGCGAGGAGGGACGCAUGACGGAGGCUCAGAAGAAUGAACGGCUACAGAAACACCUCAAGGCCCUGAGUAGUGAGUUGGCCAGCGCUCGAGACGACAGUAAGAAUACUCCCAAUGACCUGAUCCACGCGGAGAACGUUAAGGCCGGCCGGGACAAGUACAGGACCCUCCGUCAGAUACGACAGGGCAACACCAAGCAACGCAUCGACGAGUUUGAGUCCAUGUGAAGGAUAGAAAGGAUGCGAAUGAGAGAGAAGGUGUGUGUGUGUGCGCGUGUGUGGGAGUGUGGGAGUGAGAGAGAGUGAGAGAGAGUGAGAGAGAGUGAGAGAGAGAUAGAGAGAGAACAAGAGUCUGUACUGAAUCUAUGUAUUUAAAUGGGAGUCAUAUAGGCAGGUACAGUGUAAUUACUAAAUCAUUAAUGCUUCUCCCUAGUAGUGUGUUGUCCCCUGUGACCAACUUCAUGGGAUUUGUAGUUUGGUCAAGUAAAAUUCUGUGGACUACAAACUGUAGGCUCCUCGUACCACAAUCAAAGUGAGUGAUGAUACAAUUAAUCAUAAUAUAUCAUAAUUUAUGCUGCUUUUGCUCAUGGUUUUUGUAAUCUUGAAAUUAAUCUAUGCAAAAUAAUUAUUAGCUGAUAUAGCAUGAAAACCAUAUUUUUAUGUAUGGAUAGAUUAGUGACAGGAAGGGAAUGGAUAGAUUAGUGAGAGGAAGGGUAUGGAUAGAUUAGUGAGAGGAAGGGUAUGGAUAGAUUAGUGAGAGGAAGGGUAUGGAUAGAUUAGUGAGAGGAAGGGUAUAGAUAGAUUAGUGACAGGAAGGGUAUGGAUAGAUUAGUGAGAGGAAGGGUAUGGAUAGAUUAGUGAGAGGAAGGGUUUGAGCUUAAUUGCAAUAUUUUCUUAGGAUGUUAUUUCACAGGGACAGUUGAAGUGGGAAGUUUCCAUACACUAAGUUGACUGUGCCUUUAAGCAGCUUGGAAAAUUCCAGAAAAUUAUGUCAUGGCUUUAGAAGCUUCUGAUAGGCUAAUUGACAUAAUUUGAGUCAACUGGAGGUGUACCUGUGGAUGUAUUUCAAAGCCUACCUUCAAACUCAGUGCCUCUUGACAUCAUGGGAAAACCAAAAGAAAUCAGCCAAGACCUCAGAAAAAAAAUGGUAGACCCCCACAAGUCUUGUUCAUGACCAUUGUUAUGUUUGGAGGAAAAAGGGGGAGGCUUGCAAGCUGAAGAACAUGUGAAGCAUGGGGGUGGCAGCAUCAUGUUGUGGGGGUGCUUUGCUGCAGGAGGGACUGGUGCACUUCACAAAAUAGAUGGCGUCAUGAGGAAGCAAAAUUAUGUGGAUAUAUUGAAGCAACAUCUCAAGGCAUCAGUCACGAAGUUAAAGCUUGGUCGCAAAUGCGUCUUCCAUAUGGACAAUGACCCCAAGCAUACCUUCAAAGUUGUGGCAAAAUGGCUUAAGGUAUUGGAGUGGCCAUCGCAAAACUUUGAACUCAAUCCAAUAGAAAAUUUGUGGGCAGAACUGAAAAAGUGUGUGCGAGCAAGGAGGCCUACAAACCUGACUCAGUUACACCAGAUCUGUCAGGAGGAAUGGGACAAAAUUCACCCUACUUAUUGUGGGAAGCUUGUGGAAGACUACCCAAAACAUUUGACCCAAGUUAAACAAUUUAAAGGCAAAGCUACCAAAUACUAAUUGAGUGUAUGUAAACUUCUGACCCACUGGGAAUGUGAUGAAAGAAAUAAAAGCUGAAAAAAUCAUUAUCUCUACUAUUAUUCUGACAUUUCACAUUCUUAAAAUAAAGUGGUGAUCCUAACUGACCUAAGACAGGACGUUUUUACUAGGAUUAAAUGUCAGGAAUUGUGAAAAACUGAGUUUAAAUGUAUUUGGCUAAGGUGUAUGUACACUUCUGACUUGAACCGUAUCAAUGAGUACAACAUCCUUUGCAAAGUGUUUUGCUAUGACUCCAAUAAAUACCAUUA